CCAGUAGAUGGAAAAACCUGUAUUGCAGUCCAUUGGCAUCACCAAGCGCACAUAAUUUGAAUACAGAGACAGGCUCCUGUAGCAAUGCACUAAACUCUCCUGGGCAACUCAAAUCGACUAACAAAGCACUACUAACCUGUGGCAGCUCAGGUUAUUUGAGCAUGCAUUCUGCACUGAGCUCUCAGUCGUCUGUGGACAGCGAGCUGAGUACAUCCGAUGACUCCAUCUCUAUGGGAUACAAGCUGCAGGACUUGACCGAUGUCCAGGUUAUGGCACGCCUUCAGGAAGAAAGCCUCCGUCAGGAUUGUGCCUCCAGCUCGGCUUCUGUAUCGCGUCGCAGUUCCAGUGCCUCCCUUCACUCUCUGCGAAGAGGUACCUACAGUGACCAGGAGUUUGACACAUACAGCCUUGAGGAUGAGGAUGAUUACGAUUGUUCCCUGUCAUACCGUAGCGCUCACAGAUACUCACCAUCCCCGCUCAGCUCACCCCGAUGUCAGUCCCCUUCCUCCAGUGCAGAUUAUGGCAGGUCAUCUACUUCCCGUAUCCGUCCCCCAAGGAGAUCGGUGCAAAGUCCGAUGCAAGACCGGCUCAAGUACGCAAACAGUGAGGAGGAGAUGCGUCACAGCAUGCCCAACCUGGCCAGGACGAGCCUUCGAGCUUUGGAGUCUGUAAGGAGCAGUCGGAGCUUAGAGGCGGAUCUGCAGGUGCCAAGCAGUCGAAUUCCAAGAACUCAGCAGCGGUCAGCAGGUCUGGCUCCCAGUAAGCUCAGGUAUUCCUCCAGUGCUGGGCAAUCUCCCUUAACAGUGCGACAGCCGAUGAAGGCAGGGUCCUGCACAAACUCUCUGUUAACUCCCAGGCAGCCAGUAAAAGCCUGCAGUUACACAAGCUCUGUGAGCGGAGUUCGAAAACCACAGGCGCCUUCGCUUAGUACAGGCUCUUCCAGUAGCAGCUGCACUACCAGAAGCAGUAACGUGGCCACUGUGGCAAAAAAUUCGCCCCUUAAAGCACGCACAUCUGUUGGAGGAGUCUCGGGGCCCAAGAGCAAGCCGCCGCCACCACCAUCCAAGAGAUUUCUUCAGUCAGCACAGACCACUCAGGCCCCCGAGGACGACUCCUGGAAGGAGGGGUGUUACUGA